AUGGUAACUGAUUCUCAAGUAGCAGAAGUAUAUUUAAGAAGAGCUUUAGAAAUUGCUAUUAAUAAACAAAAUUUAAGUUUAGAUGAACCAGUAGUUAUAGAUAUUUGGUUACGUAUAGCUUAUAAUUAUGUAUGGACAAAAAAAUUCGAAGAUGCUAGUUUAGUUUAUAGAUCUAUUUUAGAAUUAUUGUUACAAUCAAAAAAUCCCGAAAAUUUCAAGAAAGCGAUCGAUGUAUCGAAAAAAUUGGCAGAGGUUUAUAUUACUAUGAAAGAAUUUGAUAAUGCAGAAAAAUGGUUGUGUUGGUCGAUUGAGAUAAAGUUAGAAAUUUCUACAUCGAUUCUUGAAAAUUCUAAAUUUAUUAGUGAAGAAUUGGUUAAGUGUAUUGAUUUGCUUGCGGGCUUAUAUGCACAACAAAAGAAAUUUGAACUUGCUUUACCAUUGUAUCUAGGAAUUCUUAAAACGCUACAAAACAAGUUGAAAGAUCCAAAUCAAGAUAGGUGGAAAUGUUGGGAAGCAAUAACAAUGGGUCAUUUAGGUGAAGUGCUUUAUGGUUUAGGAAAACAUGAUGAAGCGAUGGGAUGGAUGCAACAAGGUUUAACUAUUUCAAAAAAUUACCGUGGUAACAGAGAUUGUGAUGAAUGUUCUGGCGUUAUUUUUAAUAAUUUGGGUUUAAUUUACGAAAAAAAUGAUAACUUUGAGGUUGCAAAAUCAUUGUAUAGCCAAGCUAUUUCGUAUGCUACUAAAGCUCAAGAUUUUGUUGGACUCGAUCAAUUCUCUCUGAAUUUAGAUCGAUUGAUUAGUGAGGAACAACAAAAUUCGGUUAUUGUUGACUGA